AUGUCGAGGUCGUUUAACGGCUGCACAAGAUGUAAAGCGCGGCGUCAAAAAUGUGAUGAGCAGAGGCCAUCGUGCGGACGCUGCCAGCACGCAGGCGUGGAGUGCAAGUACUCCAUGCAGCUGCAGUGGGGUGGUCGGGCCUUUUCUCGAUCAAGAUUUGGGGCCUGCGUGGGCACAGGAGGCAUGCAAAAACUGGGACUAGAAUAUUCGCCGGGAGAGUUCAUAUACACCACAAAGUCGGGAAAUACGGAAGCACAGACCACGAUACAGACCCUGUCUCAAUUUCAAUCACCAUCCCCUCCUCCACAUCAACUCCAACCUCAAUCUCAAUCACUUAUAAUACAGGAACGGGAGCAACCCAGCUCCUCAGAACUGGUAUUAGCGCAAUAUGUCGAUCCAUUCUUGUCCUUAACGUCUCGCCAAAAGAACCUCCUCCACCACUUCAUUAAUGAUGCGUCCCAGAUUACGGCGUCUCACCCUGGAAUGCAACAAGAUAUAUGCCGGAUGCUCGUACCAAUGGCCCUACAGACCCCAUCUCUGCUCUACGCAACAACUGCCCUCUCCGCAAUCCACUUACAAGCCCUACAAAACCAGUCCGAAAGCGUGAAAUCCGCCCCGGACAUUGCCCAGUUGAUGGGACUUAGCUUAACACACUUCCAAAAAGAGCUCCAAACCCCAUUGAACAAUGGAUUAGAGGCGUUGGUAGCAACUGCCCGCACACUUUGUCUUGCAGAGAUACACUCCGGGGCUAUCAAUCCAAAUUCAUGGCGAGCACAUAUUGAAGGUGCAAGGGCACUCAUGAAGACAUCAGAUGCCCGGAAAUCCUCGCUUAGACCUGUGAAUGGAUUUCGCCGAUAUCUGGACCGAUGGUAUCGAUCAAUUGUAUCAUUGACGGCUCUAACCGGAAAUGGGCCUCCUAUCGGCGAUGAUUCAGACUUUACAACCUCUGAUUUGGAAGGUCAAGGGGGAUCACCCGACUACUUGGACGAUUAUUGGGGCUUCUCGGUAGAUCUAGCGUCCGUUUUCCGUCAGAUUGGCGCUGCCGCCUGGAGAAUCAACCAAGCCGAGAAAAACGCCACGGGCUUCAUUGAGAGUGAAAUUGAAAGCAACAUCGAAGAUGAAGCGGAACUGCUGGAGCUAUCCGUGAGACAACUCAUGGAUCGUGGCCCAGAUUCUCAACCAUCACUUUACCCCGGAUCUGCAGAUAGGCUUUCUGCCGAGAGUGUGCGACAACUCAUGCUCUGCAACGAAGCGUUCCAACAUAGCGCUCUGAUUCAGAUACACAAGCGGCUCCGCAAAACGCCGUCCACAUCGGCUAACGUGCAGCAUUCUGUGCAGCGUAUCCUGGAGUGCACAGCUCAAAUUGGACCAUCAUCCGGUCUUAGCCCGUGGGUGAUGUUAACGACACCACUGUUUAUUGCGGGCUGUGAGGCAAGGGGAGAAGAUCGUGAUAUUGUGAAGGGCUUAUUGACGUCUUUGCACGACACUAUCCGAGUCCCUAAUGUACUUCAGUCUUUGAGAUUUCUCGAGCAUUAUUGGGAGAAUAAGAUGAGCGAGGACGAAAACUGGAACCAUUUCCUGGACCGCAUGAAGUUUGACUUCAUACCUUAUUAA